AUGGUGAUAUAUUGUGUAGCUUGUGGUUGUAAGGAACUCCAGAGGAAAGGCAGUGUUCAGUUUCAUAGGUUUCCAUUUUCUCGUCCGGAAAUUCUGAAAUUAUGGGUGCAAGCAAUUCGUAGAGACAGGUGGUCACCUACUGCGUACAGUACGAUAUGCAGCAGACACUUUACUGAAAAUUGCUAUCAAGUGAGGCCAGGAGCAUCAUUACGACUGUUAAAAGAAGGUGCCGUCCCAUUCGUCUUUGAUUUUCCGAAACAUGUGCAGAAAAAGAUGACUGCAAGGCGACAGUUGGUUCGUAAAGAACCUGCUAGUACUCAAGAUGUAAAUCACGCAGGCGUACAACUGGAAAAGUCUCCUGAAGCAGUUGCUUAA